AUGGACAGCUCAAAGAUCAUCGCCUACAUCAUUGCCAUCAUCUUCCCUCCUCUUGCCGUCUUGAUGGCCAAGGGAGUCGGCAUGGACUUGGUAAUCAACAUCGUCUUGUGCAUCUUGGGAUGGUUCCCAGGUAUGCUUCAUGCUGCCUACAUUGUCUCCAAGAGCGAGUAG